UCCAAUCAGAAGCUGACAAGGCCCACGCAGUCGCCGUCCAUGGCAAUGGAAGAAUGAAUGAAUCCCUCCCCCAAAGAAAUGAACAAGACAAGAACAAAGACAAAGCGGAGCAAGACAACCUUCUUCUCUUUCUCGGCUCUUGGCCUCUUUUCUUGGCCAUGUGUCGUCAACUUUCGUUCUGCUAUUUCUCCUUCCUUUUUUUGGUUUUCUUGACUGGAUUCUUGAUCGUUCAUGGCGAAUCAAAUUUCUCCCCAUCUUCUUUUACGCCCAUCAAUCGCGAUCUCUACCAUUCCAGUAAUGAUUUGAUCGAGCAGAUGAAGUCUUUAGUCCAUCGUCACCCAGAUAAAUUCAAUAUUGAGUCAAUCCAAGCUGGAAACAAAGGCUAUGAGGCAGAAGUCACAGUCAUUACUUAUUGCAGCAGUGGUAGCGAGAGUGAUGACAGGUCAAAGUUCCGGAUCCUUCUUACUUUUGGACAGCAUGGGAGGGAGCUCAUUACAUCUGAACUUGCAUUCAGGAUAUUGUCAAUUUUAAGUGAAGAACAGUUCCUACCAGAUAUGGAUCAAGCUUCAUUAAACAGUACACUCAGCAAGCUUGUCAUAAAGUUGGUACCAAUGGAGAACUUGAAUGGCCGCAAACUUGUCGAGGAAGGACAACUUUGUGAACGGAGAAAUGGGAGAGGAGUUGAUCUGAAUCGAAAUUGGAGCGUAGAUUGGGGAAAGAAAGAAAAGGAUUAUGAUCCAUAUGAAGAGAACCCUGGAACUGCACCCUUUAGUGAACCUGAAAGUCAGAUAAUGCGAAAGCUUGCCAUAUCAUUUGAUCCUCAUAUAUGGGUUAAUGUUCACUCUGGAAUGGAGGCGUUGUUUAUGCCCUAUGACCACAAAAACACAACCCCUGAAGGGUUGCCUUCGCAAAAGAUGAGGUCCUUGCUUGAAGAACUGAAUAAACUCCACUGCCAUAACCACUGCAUGAUUGGUUCAGGCGGAGGCUCUGUUGGCUAUCUAGCCCAUGGAACAGCCACGGAUUACAUGUAUGACAUCGUGAGGGUGCCCAUGGCUUUCACCUUUGAGAUCUAUGGAGAUGACACAGCGUCAUCAAAAGACUGCUUUAAAAUGUUUAAUCCAGUUGACCAAGCUACCUUCAACCAAGUUCUCAAUGAUUGGUCAGCUGCAUUUUUCAUGAUAUUCAACCUGGGACCAUAUCAACUGGAUGAAAUCCAUUCAAAAUCCUCCGUGGUCAGCUUGGACAAGUGGGUAUCCAUUGAUGAAUAUCUUGAGGGAUACUUGAUGCAGAGGACAAACCGAUACGGGAAGAAGAUAGAAGUAAUUGAUUUUGGAAUGCAGGAGAUAAGAACGUACUUCAGGCUCUUCUUGUUGUCCUCAGUGCUGUUAAUGUUUAUGUUUUGUUCUAGAAUUUCAAAGAGCAAAUUUAGUCGGCCAAUUGUUCCUUCCUUGCCUCUCUGAACCUUUUUUUGUAGGUUUUUCGAGAGAAGUAUAUAGAAGUUUGAUUAUAUUAAUUUUGUGUAGGAAAGGUUUGUUUUGAUUUAUAACAGUACACCUCCCACAUUUUUUUUCCUCUGUGAUGUAACAUCAAUUUCAACUGAAUGAAUUGCUCAUUAACUUGAAUUAGGCUACUAACUUCGAUGUUAAUGUCACUCUAGACUUUCAUUGCUGAA